GGGGCGGAGGAGGAGGAAGGGCGGGGCCGAGGACAGACGGCCUAUUGCGGAGGCUGAGCAAGGAAGCAGCCAUGGCGGAGAGCGACUGGGACACGGUGACGGUGCUGCGCAAGAAGGGGCCCAGCGCGGCCCAGGCCAAGUCCAAGCAGGCUGUCCUGGCUGCUCAGAGGAGAGGAGAAGAUGUAGAAACCUCCAAGAAAUGGGCAGCGGGCCAGAACAAGCAACACUCGAUCACGAAGAACACGGCCAAGCUGGACAGGGAGACGGAAGAGCUGCAUCACGACAGGGUCCCCCUCGAGGUGGGCAAAGUCAUCCAGCAGGGCCGGCAGAGCAACGGGCUCACCCAGAAGGACCUCGCCACGAAAAUCAACGAGAAGCCGCAAGUCAUCGCUGACUACGAAUCCGGAAAGGCAAUUCCCAACAAUCAGGUGCUUGGCAAGAUCGAAAGAGCCAUCGGUCUGAAGCUCCGCGGGCGGGACAUCGGCAAACCCCUCGAAAAGGGCCCGAAAGGGAAGUGACGACAAAGCCUCGAAAUCAGUUGCCCUGGCUGAUCUCGCCUGGCCCAGCCUCCCUUCUCGCGGACGGAGGGCCAGGUCCCUUUGCCUCCACCAGGCUGAGCAACGGAGCUUAAGCCUCACGAAAGGGGAAACUUUUCCACCAGAGUCGCUGCCCUGCUCAAAGUUGGCAGAUGUUUCAACCAGUGACGUCCUGUCCUGUCCUUCCUUCCUUCCUUCAGAGAUUGACUGUCCAAACUCUAAUAAACACUGCAUUUGAAUCUGCCAGGGGCAAGAAA